AUUUCCUUAGGUCUCGCUGGACAUUUAACUGUAAAUUCGAGAUCUUUUCGAGCUACCCUCGCUUAGAAUCGAGAGGCUUUUUUAUCUCGAAAUCGUAGGGAAUUCCUAUGCCUUUGCCCGUUGGGAUAUCUCGCGAUAGCUUAGAUUUUGUGUUAGAUAUAGAUUUCUGGAAAAAUCAAUAUGUUUACCUUCCAAGUCUCUCACAAGUAGAUUAUAAUAAGUCUGUAGUCUGGUCUUUUCACGAUAUGUAAAUAUUCGUCAUCCACAAAGUGCAGAAAAUGCCUUUCUCUCUGCAUGAUUAUAGUGUGUGCAGCUCAUGCCUAUUAUAAAUGGGCCAUUUCCUUCGUUGCUUAUGGGAAAAGUUAUUCCGUCCGGUCUAUGUCUUAUGCAAAACGUGUUAAAACCCUCAUGUGCACAGCACACCCCCAUCUCAGAGUCGGUCUCAACUUUUCCUGUCGUCCUUUUCACCAUCAAAGGGACGAUAAUAAUGAUAACGACAUGGGCAUUGACAUUGACUCUGUUGUACAUCAUCGAUUGAACCAUAUGCAUAUUACUCUAUGUACUCGCGUGAGAGAACGAAGAUGACCAUGAAUUUUAUGGUAGUUUUAGCCGAGGUUUAGUGCAGGAGCAGUAAAAUUAUUACAAGUUCAAGAACAUUCAAGGUUCCUUGGCUAAUAAGUGGCUGAAAAUUCCUGGCAGAGAAAGUGCGCCCUAUAAUUAUCGCCAUGUGUAGGAACUCCUGACCGAGUGAGACUAGAUCAUUAUUAAUGACGACGACUUUUUCCCAUUCAAAUGAGCAUACGUUGCGACAAAAUAUUUUCAAGUUUUUCUGCAGUUCAGUUAUUUUAUUACUGUUUACUUCUGCUUUCUUCUUUUGUGCACUUCCUUGCGUCAAUGGGAUAGCAUCUCAUUUUUUAAUAGGCUCAGUCCAAGAUAUUAUGUCCCUUUCUGCCAACGACAUUGUAAGCAGAAUCAUGGAGAAAGCAAUGGAUACUUCUGGUCUUGGAGGUGAUAAACCAGGUAGCGCACUGAAACGUUACCAUGUCUCUCAAACGGCAGAUCAGCUACCCGAUUUUCGUGUGCGAAAUGCUUUCUACCGGGCAGAGCUUGAGAGACAAAUUGCAGAAAAGAAGGAGGCUGAACGACGCCGCAAGGAGAGGGAAGCCAUCGACGAAGAUCGCUUUCUCCGAAGGAUAGAAUCCGAUCGGGAAAAGUUGCGACGAGAAUAUUUAGAUGAAAUUGAGAAGCGACGAUUGUUGCAAGAAGAAGCGACCAGAAGGCAGCAAGCAUUCGCCAAAAAGCUUGAGGAAAUUCAUGAGGAGGACGAACGCAAGAAGGAGGAAGAAGAACGUAAGAGACAACAAGCAAUAAUCGAAAAGCGGAUAUCAGAUUUAAAGGAGGCAGUUGAAAGGAGAAAGUUGGAAGAGGCGGAGAGACGACGCCUGAUUUUUGAACAGUUGUACGGAGCGACAGGGAUUCGCUAUCCGGCAGCCCUUGCUUUGGAAGACGGGGUGACGACGUCGACGACGACACUGCCAAUAAUUCCGAGAUCCCUACUGAACCGCUACUCGACUAGUGACUGGGACUUUUACAGAAGACCGUGGAAUAGCAGAGACUACGUUCACUCUGCGCUGCACCCUGAUAACCUAAUAUUGGAGGAUGUUUAUUUCGAAGCCCCACUUCCUAUUCUAGCCGACGUUUAUAAAAAGUUGGACAGUGAGAAGAAGCGAAUUAAAGACAUUAUGAGACAGAGAAUUGUGCAAGAUGCUCCAGCCCCGGCUGAACCAUGGUCCUGAAGAGUUAUCAGCAAUUAAACAACAUUUUGCAGUCAACAAAAUUACUAAAAGUCAAAAAUAUAUAAAAAUACAGUUUAAUAAACACAACUUGUAUUAUACAAGUCCAAAGUAAAAAUGAAA